CAGCAAUGAGAUUUAGAGCAGAAUCUGAACAAUGUAAUUUAAAGAAAAUUGUUAUUUAACGGUGAAUGAAGACCGUGGCAGCUAUAAGGACCCCUCCUAAAGGCAAGCUGGAGAAUUGCGUAUUGUCAUGAAAAAGCGUUUGCCAUGGCAGAUCAAGAAGGACUAUAUGUCUGUUGUAUUGCUAAUUUAAUGUAGUAGUAAUUGGUUGCUAAAGACAACAUCUUAUUUAGAAGCAUUUGCAAUUCAUAGCCCUUCGCUGGAUUGGUGUCAUGCCUUGACAAGAGUCCGUAGCUUACAACGUUACUGAAAUGUGAUAAACCCUGAGUUAUACUACUACUAAUCAAAAUAAUAAUAGUAAUAAGUUAUGUUAUCCACAAAUCAAUCUACAUUAUAUUGUUGACGUUUAAAAAAAAAUAAAAAAAAAAACUUGCCGUCCGCUUCAUCCAUAUUUCAUAUAGACCUACUUCACAAUGGCACAUUCGAUAAAAAAAAAAAAAAAUGUCUGUUUUGUUGUUUAUUUAUCUUAUAUACUGAACUUCCAAAAAUAAUAUUUUCCUGUGCGUAGAGAAAAAAUAUUCUAAUAAAUUAUUCCUCAAAAACAAGACGCUCUUCGUUCUGAUUGGUCAGUCUGGAGAAAGCCCCGCCCAGGCAUAUUGAGACUAUUUAAACACGCAUUCUAGUGCGCUUCGCUAUGUUCAACACCUGCACACUGUGGGUCUCUACCAACACUGUUCCAGCCUACCCACCAAUGGUUGUUCAAGUGAAACAACGCAUUCGCUACAGCAGCAAAACAAUGGAAGGCAACCAGCAGAAAGUGGAGGCCAACAUUUUGUUACUGGGAGCUGAGAACGUUGGAAAGUCUGCCCUCACCGUGCGCUUUCUAACGAGGCGAUUCAUUGGAGAAUAUGGAGAUAUAGAAUCAAUAUACAGUCACACCGACAAGAUCGACGGGCGUGAUAUUUGCUUCAACAUAUGGGAUUCGCUUUGCCCUCAGAAUGGAGAGGAGUCAGGAUACAUCAGCGACAGACAGCUGCAGUGGGCGGACGGCUACAUCCUUGUUUACAGCAUCUGUGACCGCGCCAGCUUUAAUGUGGUGCGGCAACAAGUGCAGUGCAUACGACAAGCCAAGCAAAAACUGGCCAGCACAGCUCAGAUCAUAAUCGUGGGGAAUAAGAGAGACCUCCAGCACCGACGUACAGUGUCAAGUGAGGAGGGCCGGCUGCUGGCGCUCUCGGCGGACUGUGGGUUUUUUGAGGUCUCUGCUGCUGAGACAUACCACGGAGUGCUGAUGGUGUUUCACGAACUGUUUGAGCUCAUACGAGAGGCAAGGGCACUCAAGAAGGGCACCGCAGGCUUCAAAGGUAUCGUGAGGAGCAUGUCGGCCGUAUUUGGAAGGAAGCGGACUGAAUAGUUUUACAUUUUCCCUUUAAAGCGGUGGAAGAUUCGGGGAUAAUCCAUAUUGGAACAAAGACUGAUUAUUGAUCUCAACUGGAUUUUUGCAAGUUGACAAUCUUAGGGGCCAUUCACACUGUGUUCCGUCUGUGCUAUUUUUAGUUGGUCUAUGUAUGGACAGACAUCUUUGGCCAUUAUGUCGCUGUUUUUUGCCACCUUACACCAUGAGCAUCACUUAAGGUGGCUGUCAAGUUAAAAGUAGUUCAAUUACAAAAAAUGUCUCUAGACCCACUUCUGUUUUAUUGCUUUGUUCUGUUUUUGAAUGAAGAAACUUGUCCUGUGUGAAAGGCCCCAUGUUUAUGAAUGUUCUAAGAAUGUUCAAUUUAGAUUUAAGUUUAAAAAUAGUACUAUGUCUCAUUGCUCAGUUUUUUUUUUUUUAAUAUACUGUAUGUUGUAAACUGUCAGUUCUCUCUUUGUACUUCUAUCAGUUUUAGUGUAGCUAAUAAGUGCAAUUGUUGGCUCAAUGCUUCUUAGCCCCUAUGCAAUUAAAUGACACAGGCUCUAAAAUGUGGCCUCCAACACAUGAUACAUGAAUAUUGUGACAAUGUAGCAUUUUUCAGUGAAAAUGUUCAGAUUAUUUAAAUUGUUUUGCUCUAAAGUCCAUGCAUAAUGGUCAUAUAAAGUGCUAAAAGUGGAAGACUUUCUUUUUACAGUCAUGUAAAUUGACAUUAUUUCAAAAUUAUGCCCAUUUUUACCAUGGUUGAGCCUUAACAUUGAGUAUAAUCUAUUUUUAAAGUCCUAACUGUUUCAUUCAAUGCAUUAGUGUUGCUAACUGUUAAAUACAGAUGAUUGUAUAUAUUGCAAGUGCAAACCAUAUGCUAAUAUUGUUUUAUAAUAAAACAUGUUAAAGAUUUCAA